AGCACGGGGUGCAUGAUGGGAAAUGAUAGGGUUACACACCCUAGCAACACACACAGAUAAACAAGUGUUACUGUAAAGACCUAUGCAACCUCUGUUUUAUAGAUAAAUUCAUAUAUAGAUAUAUAAAACACACACGCACAAUGCAGGCGGAUGAUGUCCGAUAUUUAAAAAGGAAAGUCAAAGGAGGCAGUCUGGAUGUCCAUCCUACAGAGAAAGCCCUUAUUGUCCAGUAUGAAGUGGAAGCGACUAUCGUGGGGGAAAUGGGAGGCCCGAUGCUCGGAGAACGCAAGGCGUGUCAGAAAAUUGUUCGUCUAAAAAGCCUUAAUGCCAGCACGGAUAUUGGGUUGUUAGCACGAAAGGUGGUGGAGGAAUGCAGGCUCAUUUCACCAUCCAAGCUCCCAGAAGUGGAGCGUCUGCUCUUCUACCUUCAAAACCGCAAGUCACCUACAGGAAAAACCGAGAAGAAGCAGAUAAAGCCAAGAGAUCCUGCUCCGUUCGAAGGCAUGGAGCUGGACGAGGAGGCCAAUAUUAACAGCAUCGACUAUUACGUGGAGCUGCUGUACGAGGACGUUCCAGAGAAGAUCAGAGGAGCCACGCUUAUUCUGCAGCUGGCCCGUAAUCCCGACAACCUGGAGGAGCUGCUUCAGAACGAGACAGCUCUGGGAGCCCUGGCCCGAGUUCUGAGGGAGGACUGGAAGCAGAGUGUAGACUUGGCAACCACCAUCAUCUACGUCUUCUUUUGUUUCUCCAGUUUUAUCCAGUUCCAUGCUCUGAUCACUCACUACAAGAUCGGUGCCCUGUGCAUGAACAUCAUGGAGCACGAGUUGAAGAGGUACGACCUGUGGCAGGAGGAGCUGCAGAAGAAGAAGAGAGCUGAGGAGGAAGACCCCGAGAACCAGAACCUGAAGAAAGAGUAUGAGAAAGCACUGAAGAAGUACCACGGUCUGCUGGUCAAACAGGAACAGCUGCUAAGAGUGGCGCUGUAUCUACUCCUGAACCUGUCUGAGGACAGGCGCAUAGAGCUGAAGAUGAGGAACAAAAAUAUAGUGCACCUGCUAGUGAAAACCCUGGACCGAGAAAGCGAGGAGCUCCUUGUUCUGGUUGUGUCCUUUCUCAAGAAACUCAGCAUCUUUCUGGAGAACAAGAACGAUAUGGCUGAAACGGACACGGUGGAGAAAUUGGCGAAGCUGGUCCCUUGCGAUCACGAGGAUCUGCUGAACGUCACUCUGCGUCUCCUCCUCAACCUCUCCUUUGACACUGGCCUCCGCAGCAAGAUGGUGCAGGUGGGCUUGCUGCCCAAACUCACCGCCCUGCUAGGAGAUGAAGCGCAAAAGCAUUUGGCCAUGCGCAUACUCUACCAUCUUAGCGUGGACGACCGCUUCAAGUCCAUGUUCGCCUACACGGACUGCAUUCCUCAGGUCAUGAAGAUGCUGUUUGAGUGCGGGGAAGAGGGCGUCGACCCGGAACUCAUCUCAUUCUGCAUUAAUCUGGCAGCCAAUAAGAGAAAUGCACAGCUAAUUUGUGAAGGUAACGGAUUGAAGAUGCUGAUGAAGAGGGCGUUCAAGCUGAAGGAUCCGCUGACGAUGAAAAUGAUUCGGAACAUCUCCCAGCACGACGGACCUUCCAAGAGCUUAUUCAUCGAUUAUGUAGGAGACCUUGCCGCUCAGAUCGGUCAGAACGAGGACGAGGAAUUUGUGAUCGAGUGUUUGGGUACACUGGCGAACCUCACUAUCCCUGACCUGGACUGGGAGCUGGUGCUGAAAGAAUACAACCUAGUACCCUUCCUUAAAGACCACCUCAAACCCGGUUCGGCAGAAGACGACCUCAUGCUGGAGGUGGUGAUCAUGAUCGGCACGGUCUCGAUGGACGACUCUUGCGCCGCCAUGUUAGCCAAGUCGGGCAUCAUCCCUGCGCUUAUAGAGCUACUCAACGCCCAACAGGAGGAUGACGAAUUUGUUUGCCAAAUCGUAUACGUCUUCUACCAGAUGGUGUUCCACCAGGCCACUCGGGACGUCAUUAUAAAGGAAACCCAAGCUCCUGCUUACCUCAUCGACCUGAUGCACGACAAGAACGCCGAAAUCUGCAAAGUGUGCGACAACACGCUGGAUAUUAUAGCCGAGUACGAUGAAGAAUGGGGGAGGAAGAUCCAAAACGAAAAGUUUCGCUGGCACAACUCUCAGUGGCUGGAGAUGGUCGAGAAUCGGCAGAUGGACGAAGUGGAGCCUUUCUUGUACGGCGAUGAGGGAGAGACCUUUUUGCAAGGAGCGGACAUCCUGGAGCGGCCGGACCUCUUCUAUGGCGCAGAUGGAUUAAUCUCUGCAAAUGCCGCCAUCAGUCCGGACUUCUUUACAGACUUUCAAAAUGGAGACUAUGUCGCAUCACAGGGUUUCCCUGGCAGUGCUGUUGCAGAGAGAUAUGGUCCAGGUCCAGGGGGACCAAUGCGACCUGCUACGGCGUAUGGCUUCCGGCCCGACGAGCAGCACUACUACAGCUACUCCACAUCACGCUAGAGCAGUACGAACACAGUAACCUAAAUUAGUCCUUUUAUUCAUACAGUCUUUGAAGCUGACUCAGCACUACUAAUGCCAUUUAUUCUAUCCAUUUUAAAGCCACUCUUCCAUUAGUCUCUAAUACGAUUCGGACUCGCUACGCUUUCAUGAACGAUUUCACGCAGCUGUCAGUAUAUAGUACAGGUUUAGUGUGUUUGUUAUAAGUGAUAUACUCUUGUGUAUUGAGCAACUCAAAGGCACUACAUGUACCCAGAUUUCUAGAGUUUUCUUAACAUUUUUUUAUUUUUAUUUUUGCAUGACGUAUUAAACACACAGUUUGGUUAUUUCGCAGCUAUAGAAAAGGUAUUAUUACUGGAUUUCUUCGCAUGAAUGUACAGCAUAGUUUAGUUGCACACGGAGAGCUCAUCAUGGAGCUCACACAUUUACACUUGUGGCAUUCACACACACUGAAACACUCAGGCAUUUCAGACACUUUCCAAGGUAGGACCUUGGGAGAAUAUUUAACACUUGCUUGAAUUGGUCUUAAAUUUAUUUAUUGAAUUGUAAAAAUUUUUUUAUGUUUUUAAUGUUAUGGAUUGUUUUUUGUUUUUUUUAUGUAACUUUUUGUACGUAGACUUUGUAUGGCUUUCAUUUUUUAUGUAUAUAUUGUCAAUUUACACUCGAUUGAUGUGCUUUACUCGUGGAUUGUCUUAAACUGCUGUUUUAUACAAGAUGCCUAUUAUUUCUGUGGUGCAAUAUUAAAUCCAACCAAUAUGAUCAAGAA